ACGACAAAAGAAAUGUAUACAAAUGGUUGUUAAGGGCUUUUAUCAAGCCUUCUGAUUGGUUUUCUUUACCAGGUGACUGUAGCCUCAGCUGUUGAUUGGUUAAAAUCCUAGGUCGUAAGGUCAAGUGUUUUUCUGCGCUUGCGCAAUACCGCUCACCCGGCAUGUUCACUUGACAGCUCGGCUUUUACACAUGCACACCAUUCGUUAGUUAAUCUUGUUUUAUACACUAUUUCACGAUGAAAAGAAAAUCUCUAAACACCGAAGAUCUGAGGAAUGCCUUGAAUCAACAGGUAGAUCCUCAUCUGCUAGGCCUAGGCGAUGAUAAUGAAUUGAGCGAUUUAAUUGAGGAGUACUUUUGUAGGCCAGGCGAGGACAACGACGAUGACAGUGACACGGAAUCUGAUGUUGAUGAUUAUGAUGAGGCGGGCUACGAAUCGGAUGGUGAACUAUCGUUGCUUAUGGAGGAGGACAUCAAGAACCUAGGAGGAGCCGAUGGCCUAGAAGUAGGUGGCCUAAUCGUAGAGGCAGAUGUUGUAGAAAAUAAGUUGGAUCAGGUGUUUGCAGGCCAGGAAAACCAAGACCCCAUUGUAGCUGAGGACUUAGUGAUUAAAAAUUGCAGAUGCACAUACGGACCAGACAAAACCCCCUGUAUUAAUCAGUACCCUGUUGACGAUGUUGUGACGUUUCGGCUCAAUAUGAGAGAACUCCCGAGUAUUGAAAAAGACAUGUUUGUGAUGGGGUCCAUCAAUGCUCUCUUGAACGAUGGCACUAAACUUGAAGGAAAGUGGCCUUGCAGAUACGACGUGGACAGGAAAUCGUCUCAUACGUUCUAUUAUUUUCGUGGAUCACCGAUUUGCAGAGAAACAUUUAAAUUUCUUCAUCGAAUUUCACAAAACAAGCUAACUGCCCUAAUAAAACACCUCAAGGAAAAUGGAGCUGUGUCACGCCGAAAACGAUCUGGGGGAAGGAAAAACAACAGUCUUGUUGACUACUUUCUCUGUAAUUAUGGACUGGGCGAGAAGUAUCUUAUCCUGAAUGCGGAUAACUGUUCUGGCCAGAAUAAGAAUUCAUACAUGUUGUGGUAUCUGAUGUGGAGGACAUUAACAGGUCAGCAUAAAUCUGUGCAGUUGCGGUUUUUAAUUGCCGGACAUACAAAAUUUUCGCCAGAUUGGGGAUUUGGUUUGAUUAAGCAGGCAUACCGUAGGAGGGAAGUGUUUUCCGUGGAUGAUAUGGUUGAUGUUGUGAGGGACAGUACCAAAUCCGGAGUAAAUAUUCCGCAGCUAGUGAUGGAUAAGGAUGGUAACAUGACUGUACCAAUAUACAACUGGCAAAACUUCUUCCAGACCACAUUCAAGAAGUUGAAGGGUAUCCUCUCAUACCACCAUUUCAGGUUUGAUUCAAAUUCACCAGGCUCUGUGUUUGUAAAAGAGUAUAUGACUUCGGAGGAGAAAGAGUUCAACCUGUUAAGGAAGGAUGUCGCUGUCCCUUCUCGAUUGCACUUGCCAGAAUUGGAGCCAGCUGGACUUUCGGGGGAACGGCAGUGGUACCUGUAUCAGAAGAUUAGAGAGUUCUGUCUGAAUGAAGAGGCCAAAAACCGUACCUGCCCACUGCCAACAGAACCAUGCCCACAUUAAAAGUGCAAAAACAUUCUGAAGCAAUUGCUAUUACAGUGCAAUAACUGAAGUAACAACUUAACUGUUUUUAAAUUAUUUUCAUAGUUCAAUAUUCUGUGCAACGAAUGACCAACUCAGCUGAUUUAUUAAGUACUUUAUAGUUUAAAAAUGUUUUUUGUAAUAGAUAAGCUGGUACAUAAAUUUGUGAUUCUUUCAGAAAUUAAGUACAUUUAAAAUAGUGCAAAUACAUUCUGAAGCAAAUGCUAUACAGUGCAAAUAACUGAAGUAACAAACAACUCAACUGUUUUUUAAAGUAAUUUAAUUGUUGUCACUACAGUUCACUUAAUGAAGGAACAACUCAACUGUUUUUGAAUUAAUUUGAUAGUUCAAUAUUCUGUGCAAAGAAUGACCAACUCAGCUGAUUUAUUAAGUUCUUUAUAGUUUAAAAAUGUUUUUUUGUAAUAGAUAAGCUUGUACAUUAAUUUGUGAUUCAGAAAUUAACUACCUUAAAAAUAGUGCAAAUACAUUCUGAAGCAAAUGCUAUACAGUGCAAAUAACUGAAGUAACAAACAACUCAACUGGUUUUUAAAUUUUAAUUGUUGUCACUACAGUUCACUUAAUAAAGGAACAACUCAACUUUUUUAAAAAUUAAUUUGAUAGUUCUUUAUUCUGUGCAAUGAACGACUAACUCAGCUGAUUUAUUAAAUACCGUUAUAGUUUUUAAAUGUUUUUGUAAUAGAUAAGCUAGUACAUUUAUUUGUAAUUUAGAAACAGUAUUAUUGUGUUUGAUGUGCAAUUAAAGUUUAAAGUGACCUCUUGAA